UGAGGCAGCUGACAGGAAGGAACAAACAACCACACUGUGCUUCACCAUUUUUUUUUCUUCAUUCUUCAAUUCCUCUUCAGACGCAUGAACACCAUUGAUGUGCCGGCCUGGAUGGAAACGGAGUACGUACUGGUGGGAGGAAAAAAAAAAAAAAAAGAGGGAACUAGAGAUUAGCAGCUCGCCCCUCCUCCUCUGCUCAUUUGCCCAAUAUCCUCUUUUAGGCCCUUUUAGUGUUUGUUUGCGCCCGGUUGGAGUGUGGCAAACACACAGUGGGGGAAAUGGUGCUCACGGCGUCGCGGCGGACCUGACGGACCGAGCGCAAGAGAGGAAACGAAAACCUUGUCCGUGAUGGGAUGCUGCAGUGUGACCCAGAGGCACACCGGCGUGGACGAGGUGGGUCCUGAUGAGAUCGAGCUCCUGGAACUCUCUGGGGACCAUUUAGGCGUGUGGAGUUUGGGAGAAAGCAGGCUUCAACUGUCGGUGAGGAGCAGCCGAGACGACAAUCAGCCGCCAUCAUGCUGCACUUCAGUGCCGCAAGUGGAGCAACGUCGCAAUCAUGCUGGGGUGCUGUGGGGCAAGAGCAGAGAGGAGCUGCACGGGAGGAUCUUCUCCCAGCAGCCAAUCAGAGGCUGGGAAGGUCGACCUGCUCACAUGUACGGAGAGAUCAUCCACUCCUCCCUCAUGUGUCUGCACAGCAAACAUUCCAAGGAGAAGCGGGAGCAUUUCCUAGUUUUAUUCUCUUUCCACCUGCUGCUCCUUUCCUUAGAUCACACAAAGCAAGACUUCAUUUAUGAGGGAAUGCUUCCACUCUCCGGUCUUUCCUUUCACAUCAUCCCGAUGGACAAUGACAGCUGUCAGUCACCACACAUGUUUGAAAUAAGCAGUUCAAUGGUGCACCCCAAGAUCUUCAUAUGCCCCAAUGCUGCGGAGCUCCACACAUGGAUGAAACACAUGAAAGACCGCAGACACAAGUCCAGGACUCAACCAUCGAGCCCUUCCCACUGUGCUCUCUCUUAUCUACUGCCUUGCGAUGAGCACUGGAAAAGAGAGGAGCUGAAGAAAUACUUGCUGCACGCUCCCAUAUGGGAGUGGGAGGGUUCGCCUAUACAACACAUGGGCCCACCAGAUUACGUCUCGGUGGUCCAUAUCAUCAACACACACAGACAGGGCCUCCAAGAACGACUCAUGAUUCUCUUCCCUCAAGACAUCCUGCUGCUGUCAGUGGACAAUAAGCAACUCAAUAUCACAUACCAGGCUGCCUCGUCGAGGUGUCAGAGCGACCGAGAAAUCAGCUCUGCCCGGACGACUUGAGUUUGAGCUGCAAGGAGAGCUGAUGGAGACCCUGCACGUCUCGUGCACCUGCCUGGAAGAUUAUCAGAACUGGAUUUUUCACUUGCAGCGGGCGUGACUGAUGCGGAUUCUUAAACAUAAAAUGCUCAUAGCGAUACUCGGUUCAACAACCGGGCCGGCAGUCCUCGUCUUCAUCUCAGGUUUCACGCGGAAAACUCAAUAGUUGAAAUGGAUGCGUUUCUACUCUUUGGUACGAUCAAAUGAGGGCUAAUAGCAUUUGUGCUCAGCUCAUCUGUCAACAUGUAAAAUGCAACCGCAUUCGUAAGACAAAAAUGUCCCCCUUCACCAACAUUCGUGCCAAAGGUGCCCGGGGGGGUCGCAAGAGGGCAUCAUAACUGACCGAUAUCAUAUCAAGGGACAUAUUUGAAUGCAGAUUAGUUUCGCUUUGACUGUGUGUAGCUCAAAUAAAAUGUGUACCGUGUGCACCAAUGGAUGUGUCACAAAAAGGUGA